CUUUUAUUCCCGCUGCUCCGCCGGCUUCUAGAAAGAGACACACCUAACAUCGAAAACGUGUUCUCGACCUUAAACGGUUUCCGUGUUCUCGUGUCGCGCUUCGAGAGCCUCGUCAAUACCGUUCACCUAAGUGACGUACGCAAUCUCGCUGCAGUCAUGGGUCUGCCACGAGUGUUCUUUGACAUGACCGCGAAUGAAGUACCCGUCGGACGCAUCGUCAUCGAACUCCGAUCCGACGUCGUUCCAAAAACGGCGGAGAAUUUCCGUGCCCUGUGCACGGGAGAGAAAGGAUUUGGCUAUAAAGGCAGUUCUUUCCACCGCAUAAUUCCUAAUUUCAUGUGCCAAGGUGGAGACUUCACUAAUCACAACGGUACCGGUGGAAAGUCCAUCUACGGAGGAAAGUUCCCAGAUGAGAACUUCCAGCUUAAGCACACCGGCCCUGGCAUUCUUUCCAUGGCCAAUGCCGGAAAGAAUACCAAUGGAUCCCAAUUCUUCAUUACCACUGCUAAAACUCCAUGGCUCGACGACUUGCACGUCGUAUUUGGCCGCGUCGUCGAAGGAAUGGAUGUGGUUAAAAAGCUAGAAAGCUUUGGAAGUCAAAGUGGAAAGACUUCCGAGAGAAUUAUCAUUGCCAACUGCGGCCAGCUCCAAUAAACCCUUUCGAUACAUAAUGCACACAAAUUCUUACCUGUAAAUGAAUUGUUUCUGUACACAAAGCAUUUAAUGUUCCAUUCCUUUAUAGAUUAUGACUUACGUACGAUCGACAGUAAUAUUUUAAUUUUUGCAAUAUUUUGAUUCUAGGAUUCUUCCACAAAAAUUUACAUCUAAUUUAAAAUAAAUGGUUAUACAAAAAGCAACCAUACUUUUGUCAGUACCAUCCUCUACAGAUUUACAAUACGAGUAAAUAGUACUACAUUUUCCAAUACUUACAUCAGGUGUGUUACUUUUUUUAAUUGUAAUAAAUUUAUGUAUCCAAUA